AGCGCCAGUCGCUCCGCAUUUUAUCAUUCGUGUAUCGAGAGACCGGCAACAACGAGGUGUGACGCAUUGAUAUAAUCUGACCGUCUUUACGGAAAAUUAUUCGUAAAGUCGGACGCGUCAUGGGAGAUUCACGAUGUGCGGUGUGAUAAAGACACGAUCGUAAGUUGGCGGGACCAUCAUUUUUCCUGGAAUCAAAGCGGCUUCAAUAAAAGUGGAAGGACUGCCUUGGUUUAUCUCUCAAUGAUACUUCUGCUCGAUUUAAUCACUCUCGUUAAUAUUACUCGAUAUUAAUGAUCGAAGUUCGACACGAAAAUCUGUCGGAAAUUGUAAAGGGACACCGUUAUUACUUAAAAUGAAUGGGCCUUCCGGUGAUUGCAACGUGCAACCGACGCAGGAGAUCAAGGUCUAUAAGAAGCGAUGGCUGAUCCUCACACUCUUUGUGGUGUACAGCGCUAGCAAUGCCAUGCAAUGGAUUGAAUAUAGUAUUAUUACGAACAUUAUAGCGAAAUAUUAUAACGUCUCGGAAUAUGUAGUGGACAUGACGAGUAUGAUAUACAUGAUAACGUACAUACCGUUGAUAUUCCCAGCCAGUUAUCUACUUGAUAAUUUCGGUCUCAGGUGCACGGUGAUUGUCGGAGCGCUUGGAACCGCUAUAGGUUCUUGGUUAAAAGUGUUUAGCAUAGCCCCCGAUCGCUUUUGGAUCACAUUCAUCGGUCAGACUGUGGUAGCGAUCAGUCAAACCUGUAUUUUGUCUAUUCCUGCUCGGUUAGCCGCGGUAUGGUUUGGAGACAACGAAGUUAGUCGAGCUUGUGGCAUUGGUGUCUUCGGCAAUCAGUUGGGUAUAGCUAUCGGUUUCUUAUUUCCACCAAUGUUAGUGCCGAAGAAGGACUCCUGUGAAAUCGAAAGGGGGCUUCAACGUAUGUUCUAUAGCGUCGCGGCUAUCACGUCGAUCAUACUAGUCCUCAUAUUAAUUUUAUUCAAGUCGGCACCGCCUUUACCACCAAGCUCCGCUCAGGUUGUGCAAAGAGAAAAAUCCGAAAACAAUAAGGACGUGAAGAAAUUUUUUAACUCUCUCGCAAGAUUGUACUCGAAUCGUGGCUAUCUGCUGCUUUUAAUCAGUUACGGCAUUAACGUCGGUAUCUUUUACGCUAUCAGCACCCUCUUAAAUCGACUCGUCACUAAAGAAUACCAAGACAGUGAAGAGGAUGCAGGUCGAAUCGGCUUAACAAUAGUUUGCGCCGGAAUGGUUGGCUCUAUUGUCUGCGGUAUUCUAUUAGACAAAACACAUAAAUUCUGGUUGACGACAGUAGGAGUGUAUAUUUGUUCUUUGAUUGGUAUGAUAAUCUUUACUUUCACACUGGAUGUGAAGAUAUACGUUGUCUACAUCACGGCUGGUCUUUUAGGCUUUUUCAUGACCGGCUAUCUACCGGUCGGCUUCGAACUCGCUGCAGAGCUUACAUUCCCGGAGCCCGAAGGAACGUCCACCGGUCUACUGAAUGCCGUUGUGCAACUGUUCGGCAUCGCCUUCACUCCGCUCUAUCGCUACCUACUUAGCAUUUGGGAAGAUUUUUGGGCGAACGUCGCACUGUGCUGCAUUCUCGCAAUUGGCGUUUUGCUUACGACUUUGAUACCGAACGAUCUGAGACGUCAGAAAGCGAAGGCUUGAAAGUUUGUGCAAUCACUUAGCCAGUAAUAAGCCACAAACUUAUGUGGUUCGAAGGAGUAGUUUUUGUCUCGACAAUACUUCCUAUAAAUCUAUUAUCCUAGUCCAAUUACCGUGUGCCAGAAGUACCGUUUCUCUGAGCCACGUAUAUAUUUAUUCGAAAAAGGUAUAUCUUUUUCAAAAUUAAAUGGAUUAGUAGGGGUCCUAAAAGAAUAAUCAGAUAGUAUGAGUAUAAUAGACGUUUACCUCGCAGGACUUUUAGAUUUUUACAGUAAUAGAGACAUAUUUAACACUGAAUACCAAAAUGCCUAAUGUUGAGAGUUCGUAGAAAGAUUUAAAG